UUGAGAUCUUAUAGCAGACACCAAACUGGAUGUGAUGAGAGAGAUGAGAGAUGGACGGCUACUGAGCCCAUUUACGCGCCGUUUCCAUGCUGACUCUUUUUUCCCAGCAAAAGUCAACUCCCUCGCUUCAAUCCUACAGCAUUUUAUUGAAUCGAGUUGCCCCUUCAAAGGCCAAGCUCUUCACGCUCAGAUCAUCAAGUUUGAUCUCCAAGCUAACACCAACCUAUCAAUCAAGCUCCUCAUUCUGUACCUUAAGUGCGGUUCGCUGGUUCAUGCCCGCAAUGUGUUUGAUCGGAUGCCAAGGCGAACUCUAUCUGCUUAUAACUACAUGAUUGCUGGGUACUUCAGGGAAGGCCGUUCUGAGGAGUCGCUAGAUCUUGUACGGAAGCUCUCGUUCUCGAGUGAAAAGCCAGAUGGGUUCACCUUAUCGAUGGCCCUGAAACUGUCGGCGGGCUUGGCUUCGUGCAGAUUUCCAAGACAGGUCCACAAUCAGAUUGUCAGAUUAGGAAUCGAUUCUGAUGAAGUCGUGUUUGCUGCUCUCAUUGACUCGUAUGUGAAGAAUGGGAAUCUUGGGUAUGCUAGGAGUGUCUAUGAUGCAAUGUCGGUGAGGAAUCUAGUGUGUUCUACUGCGCUGAUAGUUGGGUAUAUGAAUCAGAGGGCCUUCGGUAAAGCCGAAGAGAUAUUUCAGAAUAUAACAGAGAAGGAUGCGGUUGUGUUCAAUGCUAUGAUCGAAGGGUAUAGCAAAGAGUUAGAUGCAGCUGGAAGUUCAAUUGAGGUCUACAAGAUGAUGCAACAGCUGAAUUACCGGCCAACAAUCUCUACCUUUGUAAGUGUCAUCGGAGCUUGCUCUCUCUUGUCAGCUCUGGAUGUUGGACAACAGAUACAUGGCCGAAUGAUCAAGAUGGAAAUCUUUUCUCAUGUAAAAUGUGGGAGUGCACUCUUAGAUAUGUAUUCAAAAUGUGGAGAAGUCGAGGACGCUCGGAAGAUGUUUGACCACAUGCCAGAUAGGAAUGUCUUUACCUGGACAUCAAUAAUUGAUGGGUAUGGAAAGAAUGGAAUUCCAAAUGAGGCUCUUAAUCUUUUCUAUGAAAUGAAAAGCGAAAAUGUUGGGCCCAAUUAUGCCACGUUCUUAAGUGUUUUAUCAGCUUGCGGGCAUGCUGGAUUGGUGUCGAGUGGUCAAAAGAUUUUUGAGAGCAUGGAAAGGGACUAUAAACUUAAACCAAGGAUGGAACACUAUGCCUGCAUGGUAGAUCUACUGGGCCGCCAUGGAAAUUUAAGUGACGCAUAUAACUUCAUCCAGCAGAUUCCUGAGAAGCCAAAUUCUGAUGUGUGGACAGCUUUGCUAGGAGCAUCCAGACUUCAUGGAGAUUUGGAGAUGGCAGAUGCUGCAGCAAAAGAGGUUUUUAAGCUGAGUCAAAAUGGAAGGCCAGGGGCUUAUAUUGCUUUGUCCAACACUUUUGCAGCUGCUGAGAAAUGGCAAGGUGUCAGUGAAGUAAGGGAUUUGAUGAAAGCAAGGGGUGUCUCCAAAGGCAUUGGUCAAAGUUGGAUGGAGAUGGACAAAGGUCUUUGAAACUUUCUUUUUUUGCAAUACCAAAAUUGAUGCUGAUGGAGAAGACCAAUCUUUUUGACCGGAAAUCAAAUUCUUCUGAAGUCCUGGAUGACAACUUUGGCUUGAGUUUGUAACCUAUUUGGAUACUGAUUAUAUAUUUUGCCUCAGGGCAAGUCUCAAUGAGUCCAUAUCCUUACAAAUUUAGCACCACGGCAUUUCAUAGUAGCAGUGAAAUCCACACUGUGGUGUUACCGGGAGUAUCGAAAUUUUAUCUAUAGUGGAAAUUGGUGACACAAAUGAAAUCAUGCUACAUACUACCUGUUUGUUCUCAGACAAGCUCUGUUUGAAUCAACUCAUUUUGCUAUUAUCUGAUUAGGCAAGUGAAAAGCACUUCCUCCAUGUCAACUCUUCAAUUUUGUAGUUGGCUGAAGUUUUUAGCAUUCUAAAUGGUUCUCCUUUCAAGAUUUACUCGUUCCUUGUACAUGGGCAAGGCUCCUGUAGGUCUAUUGCCUCUCAAAUUGCUUGUUAACAGGCUGGUGGGUAUAUGUUCUUCCUUACAAUGCAAUGGCAAGUCUCCUGCAGGUGGAUCAUGCUUCCUCUGAUCCACUGGCAUCAUUUUUGCAGUGAGAGCAGUCAAGGAAGACUACAGUUGGAUAUCUCACCACAAACAAUGAGACUCUCUGACCUAAAUGGCUUUAGAAAUUUUAUAUGCUAAUCAAGGCGAUUGCUGGAAGCAAAUACUGGUACUGAGUUUUGGCAGGUGUUCUCUCAACUUCACAUCUUUCUAAUUUAUCUAUAAUUCAACAAAGUGUACAUGUGUAUGUCUUCAGGUUCAGCUGCCCAAACCAAAGCUUCAGACAUAUUCUUUUCGUAAAAAAGGAUAAGAUUACGUUAAUAGGUGUUCAUACAAAAGGAGUGAUCUCUUCCUAAACAACAUGGAAAAAUACAAAAGCCAUAUAUGCAUUGUACACAUGGAUGAUGAUGAUGAUAUUAUGGAGACAUCAAAUGAAGAAG